AUGGUGAGCCCCAAAGGCCUGGUCUUGGCCUGGGCUUGGGCCUUGCCGUGGCCCGCAGGGGCGCUCGUCGACCCUGUGACAGCCAACCUCCAAGGCUUGCAAGAGCUCACCGCGAAGGAUGAGUUCGUCACGUACUACCCAGAUGAGCCGCACUACACCUCGCGCUACUGCGCACCUUUAGACGCGCCGGAGAACAAGAAGUGCACAUACCACGUGAAAUGGGCCUUCGAGCAGAUCGCGAAGGCCAAAUACAUACCACCCGUCUCAAACAGCUCAAACAGCUCAAACACUACAAAUGCAACCUACAAUGCUUCAGAAGUGCAUGCUGCGAAGCUGUGGUUGAAGGGCGUGAAUGCAAACAUGAAGAAGUACGCGAAAGUGGAUGCGCUGAACGCCAGCAUCGACGACUUCCAGAAGCUCUUCUGGUGUGCGCCCCCCGAGGGCAACCUUGACAGAGAAUGCUUCACGCCUCCCUGCAUGUGCACCCAUCCGCCCUGCCACAUGUGCCUGGUCCCCGAGCGGCCAAGGGGCUGCACCAACACCUCCGAGGACAUCCGAUGCAAGCCGCCCAAGAAGGCGUUGGACUACAAUGGGCUGCAGUGGCCCCUGGUGAAGGUCGAAGGGCCUGGGCCAUAUCACGUUUUGGCCAUCGGUGACUGGGGCGGUAUGGACACAACGCUCCCGCCCGAACCGGGCAGAGACCCAUUGAUGCCCUGGUGGGGGUGGGGCCUACCGACGCCAGGUCCCACUCCUUUCCCGCGCACGCGUUGGAACAAGAAGCAUGAUUUUUUGAUGUGUAAUCAUGCCGAGCUGCUCUUGUGCUACAAGAUGUGGGGGGCGUGGGGUUGCAAACCCGAGUGCGGCUAUGACAAGGACAUCGAUUCCCAAGCGCAGCUGCUGGUCGCAAAGACUAUGAAGCAGAGAGCCGAACAACUCCGUCCGAAGUUCAUAUUGAACGUGGGCGACAACUUUUAUUGGGGAGGCAUCGAGAAGGAUUGCGGGACCCCGAUGGACGAGCUGUCAUCCACUGCGACACACCAGUUUGAUCAAAUCUUCGAGGGCAUCUACAACGGGCCGGGACUUGAUGGCAUUCCCUGGUUCAGUGUCCUCGGCAACCACGAUUGGGGUGGCCGUCAGUUCAACAACGGCUGGGACCAGCAGAUUGCCUACACAUGGAGGAGCAACCGCUGGGUCUUGCCUGCAGCCUACUACACGGUGAAGGUCUACUUCGAGGAAGAGAACUUCUGGGCAGACCUCUAUUUCGUGGACUCUAACAACGAGGAUGGCAAGGACAUGUGGUUGGAGCCGCAGCACAACAUUUGCUCGGAGAAGUUCAACCCAAAAGGCGCCACCUGCGGAGCCGUGGGUGGUCCAUGGGACGUCAACAGUUGCCACCAGUGGUUCUGGGAUCUAUGGGGUCGGCAGCAAGGGUGGCUGGCCGGCCUCCUGGAGACGUCCACGGCCCAGUGGCAGAUUGCCGUGACGCACUUCCCGUGCGGUACGCAGAAGAACUACUGGAUGGACAUGCACAACCGCCUCGGCCUCGACCUCCUCAUCACCGGUCACCGGCACAACCAGGAGUUCUGGUGGCCCGACAAGAUGGGCGGCCUCACCUGCUUCAUUACUGGAGGAGGCGGCGGCAUCUCCUCCGAAAUGACACCCAACCCCUACUGGAAGAGGGACUGGUAUGGGGAGGCGCAGUACGGCUUCUACGACCUGCUGAUCUCGAAAGACAAGAUUACCAUCACUUCGAUCGACUGGAUGCUCGCUGUGCUUCAGAGACCUAAGCCCCUGAGCCCGAAGCCCUCAACCCCCAACCGCAAACCCCAAACCCUAAACUCUAAACCCUGA